UGUGAAUCUGUAAUAAAAUAUAAAUAUUAUUGUAAUAAAUAUAAAUAUAAAAAUGGAAUGAUAUAAUUAGAGAUGGUAAUGGGCAGAAGCCCAUGUCAAUGUAAUUACUGUUAUUGUUAUUAUUGUGUCAGUUGAUGGAGUUAAUAGUUGUCAAUGAGUGAUGUAGCAAAAGCAAAAGGAAAAGGUUAUUGAGAAGAAGGCGAAUGCAGAGAAGCUGCUAAUAAUCAAACUGAGAACCUCACCACAGUAAAUCCAAUAGGAAUAAGAGGAAUAAGUAAAGAAGCUAAAAGAACAAGAAUAAGAAUAAGAAGAAGAAGAAGAAGCGUACAGGCCAGCGACCUGUACCCAUGACCGAGCCUUGUAUUGUGGCACUGGUGUUGUAGCCUCAAAAGAGCCACCAAGAGGCGGGGGCCGCACUUACCUCUGCUCUCUCGUUUUAUACAUCCUCAAGAGCUAUCUGCCUCUGCCUCUGCCUCUCAUAUAUACUAUCUCAACAACACACGAGGUUAUAACUAACAACCAACACAUAUUAAACUCAACACUUACGGGGACAUACACACAAGUUGGUGAAGCUCAGCUCCCUCAGCUCUCAACUCACCAGCUCUCGGUCUCUGUCUUUAUCUUCAUCUCUGUCUCUGUCUCUGUCUCUUCUGUUAGCUGUAGGCUGUAAACUGUGGCUACAUCGCUAGGUACUGCCACUGCUACUGAUAUAUACAACAAAAGCAAAAAAAUAGCGGAAUAGGUUUUUUGGUGAUAGUUAUAUGCGGUGCGCAACGGGGUUUUAUUUGGCUGGUGCGCCGUUUCUGCUUUGAUUCGAACUAAAUAUUUAAUGCCUGAAAAACAUAUUAAAGUGUCGCGGGUGGAUAUUAUUAUAAUUAUUUUAUUUAUUAAAAUAUAUUUUAGGUGAUUUUAAAAUGAUGGACCGGGUUCAUCUGGAUGUUAUUAUUUAUUUAAAAAGAUAUUUCUGUUGCUCAAUGUGCUGAUUGAUUUUAACCUAAAAAGUUAAUUGUUUAUUUAUUUACGCGGAUAUUUAAAUAAAACAACAGUUAUAAUGGAGACAUUAUUGCCAGGUCACAACAACCAGUCGUACAGUCCCCAGUUAAAGACAGUGUUGAAGACAUAUCAGUUAUCUGCUGUUAAAAGUCUACAGGGUCCUAGUUCAGCCCUACUGGGGAUGGACUGCAAGGGUCUGCUACAAGAACAGUUUAAUUUUUCCUCCCUACGUACUAAUUGUAUUAUCGAUACUUGCAGUGAUCAUGAUAAAGACAAAGGCAAAGAGUUGCCGAUAAUACGGGAACCUAUUGAACGACUUCAGCACGAUGACUCCGACGAGGAUCCCCAGAUAGACAGAGUCAAGAUAAUAAAUGACAAGCGGGAGCUCGAGUUCCAGAUACCGAUUCUCACAGCUCCUGAUCAGAGUUGCUCUGAAAGAUGCGAAACUUUGCUGGAGAAUGAGAGAAUUUCGUGUUUUGUCGUCGGCGGGGAACGCAGGCUCUGUUUGCCCCAGAUAUUGAAUACUGUGCUGCAGGAUUUUUCCCUGCAGCAGAUAAACCAGGUAUGUGAUGAGUUGCAGAUUUACUGCUCGAGGUGUACUCAUGAUCAGCUGGAGGAGCUGAAAUUGUCGGGAAUUCUGCCGAGAAAUGCUCCAUCCUGUGGACUUAUUACGCAGACAGAUGCUGAACGGCUGGUGAGUGCGCUGCUGCUGCGCACUGAAACACGGGAACUGGGACUGAUCCAUCCGGAUGACAUCCAUCAUCUGAAGCAUCAGCAUCGGGACGACAAGGAUCUGCUGAAAAAGGAAGAGCUGAUGCUGGAUGACUCGAUAGUUAGAUUUAAAGUUUAUCAUGAGUGCUUUGGUAAGUGCAAGGGAAUAUUUGACGCAGACUUGUUUGACUCGGAGGACUCGGCGUGUAUUGAGUGUCUUGAGUGUGGCUGUCAGUUUUCACCACAGAGAUUUGUUAGACAUGCACACCGGCCUUUGGAAAAUCGCACGUGUCACUGGGGAUUUGACUCAACUAACUGGCGUUCUUAUUUAUUGUUAUCACGUGAUCAGCCGCAUUACACUAAAGUUGUUAGUUUGUUUCGCAAUUUGAAGGAUAGAUAUCCGGUGCCAAAUUAUAACAAGAGAAAAGCACCUGAGAUAAGGCACGAUAUUGAAAAAUUGCCAAAACGAAUGAAAAAAGAAUUGAAUCGUGAGGAUUGUACUGGAAUAUAUGCCAGCAAUAAUGCUCUGAUGUAUCCAGUAACAGCGGCUGGUGCUGAUGGUGAUCCCUAUUUAAUGCAGUGGGCUGUUUUUGAAUUAGCAGCACGUGGUGCAUCGGCAUUUAGACCUUGGAAUGCUGCUGCUGCUGCUGCUUCAUGUAAACACAGAGAUAACACACCGCUGGUGCCUGCAUAUUUAAGUCGCGGUCCUCCAGUUCUACAGCAUCCAGAGCGAGUGGUUCCAUUAUCCGAUUGCGAGCGAUUCGAGCCGCAUUAUCAGCCAAACGUUGCCUUGGCA